GAUCCCCGCAUCCUCCCGGCUCCCUCCUCUCGGGUUGGAUUUACAUAGUGAUGUGUAAGCUACAGGAUGCCCAGCAGCACUGGAAAGAGGUUUAAACCUACUAAAUACAUCCCUGUCUCCACUGCAGCUGCCUUAUUAGUGGGUUCGACUACUUUAUUUUUUGUUUUCACGUGCCCCUGGUUGACAAAAGCCAUCUCCCCAGCCAUCCCAGUGUACAAUGGGCUCGUGUUCUUGUUUGUACUGGCAAACUUCAGCAUGGCAACUUUCAUGGACCCUGGAGUUUUCCCACGAGCAGAUGAAGAUGAAGAUAAAGACGACGACUUCCGAGCUCCACUUUACAAGAAUGUGGAGAUUAAAGGAAUCCAAGUACGGAUGAAAUGGUGUGCCACCUGCCACUUCUACCGCCCCCCACGCUGCUCUCACUGCAGCGUCUGUGACAACUGCGUUGAGGUAACAGAUUUUGACCAUCACUGCCCAUGGGUCAACAAUUGUAUAGGACGGAGGAACUACCGCUAUUUUUUUCUCUUCUUGUUGUCCUUAAGUACACACAUGGUUGGAGUGUUCACCUUUGGGCUCAUCUUCGUACUAAACCACAUGGAAAAGCUGGGAGCAGCUCACACUACCAUUACAAUGGCUGUUAUGUGUGUGGCUGGGUUAUUUUUUAUUCCAGUCAUUGGUCUCACUGGCUUCCACAUUGUUCUAGUGGCCCGAGGGCGCACAACGAAUGAACAGGUGACAGGUAAAUUCCGUGGGGGAGUGAAUCCUUUCACCCGAGGAUGCUGUGGAAAUGUGGAACAUGUGCUCUGCAGCCCCUUGUCUCCCAGGUACAUAGUUGAGCCCAAGAAAAAGCAAGCUGUGAGUGUGAAGCCUCCUUUCCUCAGACCUGAUUUAUCUGAGCGACAGAUCACAGUGAAGAUCAGUGACAAUGGGAUCCAAGCCAACCUCAAGCGGAGCAAGUCUAAAAUUAGCCUGGAAGGUCUGGAGGAUAAAAAUAUGGAUGUGCAACCACCUCUCCCACCUAAAGGAGAUCCAAGCAAGUACUCUGAGCUAAAAGGACAACUGGGGACCAGUGAAGAAGGUGGCCUUUCACCCAAACUCAUCAGCCCUCCUACACCUGCCAUGUACAAGUAUCGACCGGCUUUCAGCAACACUCCCAAAGUCCACUACCAUGCUACAGCUGAGCAGAUCACCAUGCAGGAGGGACACAGUCAAGGGGCUCUGAUAGAAGAGGAUGUCAGGAGCCUCGAUUACCAGUCCGAACCGAGCUUGGACAUCCCCAGCUACCGAAAGAGCUCCCUCCACAAGACCUAUCAGUCUUCCCCACUCCAGAUAGAUUCCUUUGUCAUCAAUUCACGAUCCCUGAGCCUGAAAUCUGCUGGCAGAAGAGGGACAGACAAAGUGCCCCUUCAUCCAAUAAAGUCUGAAGGGGCAGCUUCCACCCCUUACAAAAGCAUCUUUUCCCCCAAUUCUCUGUCAAACAGAAAUGGGAGUCUUUCAUAUGACAGUUUGUUAAACCCCAUGUCUCCCUCGGGGAGGAAGUGCAUCGCCCAUUCUGCAGUCAGCUCUGUUGGGUACCACUCCCCGUAUUUAUCAGCCAAAAUGUGCCAUCUGCGGGGGAGUGAGCUGCAGCGCCAACCACCACAGAGCUUCAGCCCAGUGCUGGGGGGUCCAGCUCCACAUCAGCGAGACCCCUCCCCAGUCCGCUAUGAUAACCUUUCCAAAACCAUUAUGGCAUCCAUCCAGGAGAGGAAGGAGAUGGAAGAGAGGGAGAAGCUCCUGCACUCCCACCCUGAUUCAGUGUUUGCAGACUCAGGUGUCUAUGACACCCCCAGCUCUUACAGCCUUCAGCAAGUCAGCACGCUGUCUGAAGACCCACGCAGCAUGGCGAUGAGAUACGGAUCGAGAGACAAUCUGAUGGCUGCUACCAGUUUUAGCACAAGGAACCCUAUGCUGCAGUCCUCAGUCUCCUCACUCUCAAGUGCAAUGACAAGAGCACCAAGGACUUCCACAACUUCUCUGCAAGCUGAUUUAGCCAAUAAUAAUGUCCAGUCUCAUCAGGCACUACAGGGCAGGGUGAGCAAUGGCUCCUACAAAUCCCCAGGCCACCAGGUCCCAUCAUCCCCCACAGGGAUGCCUAGGUCACCCUCUUAUGGAGGCCCGAAGGCUGUCUCGUUUGUAAACACUGUGGAAAUUACAGAGGUGCAAUCAGUGGGAGCACAAAGGGAUGACAUGCAGUUGAAGACACCUCAUAGUAAAAUAAAUGGACAGCCAAAAGGAAUAUCCAGGUUGGGUUCAACAUCAAGUUCCCAGGGGACACCUGUCAGCCCUGCUAGACACUCAAAUGUUAAGAAGGUGUCAGGAGUUGGUGGAACAACUUAUGAGAUUUCAGUGUAACAGUAAAUUAGUUAAAAAUAAAGAGCCAUCCACUCAGCCAGCCAUGAAGCUAGGAGCACUGUGAAGACUCAAAUAACAACAAAGAAGGAGCAGCAGCAGCCGGCCACUCUCUUUUUCUCGUUUUAGGUUUGUUCUGUUUUCAUCUUCCUCUUUUGGCCAAAAACCAGCUGCAGCCUUUUUCUUGAGGGAAUCAAAUUGUACAGUCCAUCAGACUCUUCCUGAACCAACAGACUGGAACUGGCUAUGACCUGACACCACAACCACAGAGCAGAUUUCCUUCAUGCAAGAGAGCGCUAAAGCCAUUGUGCGUGCGUCCAACAAGCCUCUUGUGUACCAGUUGUGCUGUGAAAAGUACGGUCAGUCCAGGAUCAUUCAGUUUUUCCCAUGCCCCUUCUCAGUUCUUCAGGCCAGAGAUGUGUCCAGCAGGAGCCAGAGGCCCAACUGCUGUUCUGGUGCCGAGGUGGAAAGGAGGCUCCCUGUGCCCGGCCGUCUGUGCCUGCCAGAACCGUGCUGCAUAUCCCCAGCAUUGCAACGUUCCUCCUCCUGGGCAGAAGCAAGGCAAGAACACUUGGGCCACAAAUGCUGUAUUGUCUUUAAAAGCCUCCCUGGCCCCAGAUGGGAGCAGGAGAAAGGAUAGCAACAGCUUCUCACCAUUCGCGUUCCCGUGUGUGAACUCGUGUGUGUGUGCGCGCGUGUGUUUGUCUCUCAUGGAAAAGGACCGCAGCACCAGUAAGGAUCUUCCAUUCUGACCUCUUGCUCCCUCUGGUUUUUAAAGGCUUCUCUGGCUCAGAAAUGAAACCAAGCAUAUAAGAAAGGAGAUGUGUGGAUGAGAACAUAUUUUAAACAACUAUCAGCUGCUUUCCCUGCACCCUCCUUAUUACCUGUUGGAUUUAGGCAAUAACGUGGUUUACUGCCUCACCCUGGUGCCGUCUGUAUAAUCCUGCAGCAAGGUUAUCAUGAUCUGUUGAAUUUACAGUGUGUGUAACUGAGCCAAGCGUACAUCUAAAGGAUAUAAAUUUUCUGUCUGCCUAAUUACUAUCACAUUCCCUCUGGUCUUCAAUACUGUUAGACAAAGGAUUUUCCAUUUGGGUUUUUUUUUCCCCUGGGGAACAACUUUUUAAAAUAAUAACAGUCAAAUCUGUUGAACGUUCUGAGGUUUCCUUUUCCUCUCUCCAGAAAACUACAUUUACUUUGUUGGAUUUAAAGACAACUUUACUAUUAAAAAAAACCAAGAAAGGGGUGCAUUACUUCUGUCACAAAGAUGAGGACUGGCAAAGCUAAUUUUGGGACAAAUGGAUUUUUUUGGUGUGUUCUCCAUUCUUUAUCUCCUUUUCCUUCCCAUUCAGUUAUCACCUCAGAAGCCAAUAGUACUGAGAUCUGGACCAAUGCUAACUAGCCAGAUCAUGUGUGCAAUUCAGAAUAUCCUGAGUGACUGUUGCCAAAGUUAUUAAAGGUGAUUCUUUAUCACUGAGCCAGUCAGCAUAUGAAACCUCAGCUUCCCACCUGGUUCUCUUGGUGAAUAAUUUGACUAGAGAGCUAAAUUCAUCAUCUUUCAGGAUAUUUGUGUCAAGGAGUUGAAUCCUUUCCUGUCCUUGACUAUACUGGAGAGCUCUCUAGAUAUUUGGUAGCAAUUCAGAAUGUGUUGAUAACAUCUUACUUGUUUUUGUGUAUGUUGAGAUGAAUAAUUCCAGAAGGCAAAUAUUGACCUCAGUUUUGCCUGGUUAAAAUUUAUCUUUUGAUUUGAUAAAUCUUGACAUCUGCUGCAAUACAUGCUUAUCAUGUCCCUUGUAUAUCAUGUUUUGGAGAGGAAGAUUGAAGAGAACAUGAGAAAGUGAAUCAUCUCUCUGUGUAAUGCUCCAUGUUGCCUGAAGGAACAUUCCAUGAAACCUGGAAAGCAAUGCAGCUGCAAUAGGCCAAAGUUCUGAGAGAGUGAACUAGAAACCAGUGUGCAUUUUAUUGCCUUGGUGAUAUUUUAAAUGCCUACUGUAGGGACAUUGUAGAGCAGAGAAGCAAUAGUCUUUCUAUGCAGAUUUGCUCACUGGCACGUAGAAUAUUGUCUUUAGUUAGAGGCACCAAGGUACCAGAAAGACGCUGGCAAACUGGAGCAGGUACAGAUGGAGCAAUAUAUAUUGAAAGACUGGACGGGCUGGCUGAUGAGAAGAUCUAAAGGGCUACAAACAUGUCACUGGCUAAGCAAUGAAGUGGAAAUGGAAUAUCAUAGUUUUACAACUAUGGUAGUUAAAAGAUGUAAAACCAAAGGUAAAUCAAAGGGUUGUCACUGGUAACCAAUGGUCUACAUUUAGAAGGGAGCAGAAAAGAUGGAGGGGAAGGGGCAGUGGAAUAGUCUUCCAAGACAGGAUAUUGGAGACUAUUUAGAAGAGGCAAACUGUAUGUAGACAAGUCAUUAAAACAAAUUCUGUAAGAGGUGAGCCUGCAGGGGCAAGGGGCUAGACCAGAUGGCCUUAUAGAUUUCUUCCAUCUUUAACUGUUAUUAAUCUGCAACUUUACCCUGAUGUUAACUCCUCAGGAAGAUGCAGUACUUCCUCAAGGACUGGAAUUCACUCUGGUGCAUAGAGUAUCACAAGACUUACUUGUUUUCAAAGUAUCGUGUAUGCCAUAUGUAAGCCCUGAAAAAGGGAGGAAUAUGUGACACACUGAAUUUGGGCUAGAGAGUUAGACAAGGGCACAUUUUAUCAUAUAUCUCUGAAUAUGUACAUGAAAUUCAUGCGAGCAAGGCUGAAAAUUUGCACCAAUGUAAUAUUUGAGAUUUGCAUCCCAGUGAUGCUCUACUUUGAUUGUUCUUUCUCCUGCAUUUAUAAAUGAAAAAGCUACUGAGGAACUUGAAGGGCCAAAGAGCCUUUGAAGUUAACUACAUUAGUUCAUGAGGGAAUUUCUCAGUAAGACUAAACACAGUAUUGUGUGUGUAUAAAGCACUAAUAUCCAGGGUUAUUUUGACAUAGUUCACAAGGGGUAAGGGAGGAAAGAGCAAAUGCACUGUGUCGUUACAGGUUCUGAUGUAAGGGUUAUAUAUUUUGUGAGCAGCUUUGCCCACAGUUGAGGGACAUUUGACUUGUUCACAGGUUUACAAUGGUACCAAAGUCUUUUUUUUUUCCUUUUGAGGUUUGCAUAUAAUUCAGUGCACAUAGCCUGGAGUAAAUGAUUCAAAUCUUCUGAAAGAGUAAUCUAAGCAGGACUGUAAACAGGAGAUUGCGUGCAGUAAAUCCAGCCUCAUUUCCACCCAAGGCACUGAACCUGCAACUAUUUUCUUAUAAAUGUGUCUGUUUCCAUAGCUCCUUUUGCGGGACUGGGGACCUAUUUAUUAAGUUUGAUUUUUGGAGCAAAAUCCAGCCCAUGUUAAAGGAUAGUUCUUCAGGCAGUUUACAGAUUAGCAGUAAGGUUCUUCCGCCCACGUGGUCUCAGUCUUUACAGACAUUGCAGGCCAAACUCUGCAGGUGGUGUAAAUUGGUGUGGUUCCAUCAAAGCUCAUUUAGAUGACACUAAUUUACAGUAGGAGGGGAUCUGCCAUGAAAGUCCAGCACAAGUUGACACAUCUUGUAAAGUAGCUUCUUUAUUUUUGUCAUGUUUCUUUCAUGUUUCAGAAGUCUUAAAUAUUUUCAACAUGUUUUUCUUCUUAGCUGUGGAUUGUAUUACUUAUUUAAAAAAACAGCAAUAGUUUUGUUUAGUUUAUGCAUCAAUUUUCAUUGCAUAUUGCAUUUUAUUAGCUGUUUGUUCCCUGUUCAUACACUCCCAUUUAGCCUCCAGGUUUUCAUUGUAGUACAAUCUGCCUUGAAAAGUUGGAUCUCUGUAUCUUUAACUGUAUAAUAUAUUGAGUAUUAUGAAAUUAAAUGUACCUUAAUACAUGGGUGGGAGAAAGAGGAAAUAUUUUUACUUGAAGCCUUAAUAUUUUCUUUUUUUACUACUUUCUUUGUUGACCUCAUAGGAAAGUCUGAAUAGCAAAGACUUUGAAACUCUGGGCCAAAUACUGCACUGAUAUACAACCAGCAUUUGGCCCCCUAUGUCAAAACUGGAUGCAGACAUAACCUGAAGUGAACAAGGAAAAAGCCUCAGGGUGGCAUAUUUUCCUGAAGAUCGUUAAUACAGUCUCAAAACGUGUCUGUAAACAAGUACAUUAAAGAAGUCUUCAAGUCUUGAAUUGUUAAAACAGGUGAUGGCAGGAACUGCCCUAAUAGCUUACAUUUGCAUUCUCUUUUUAAGUUAAACAAAACAAAACAAAGGUAAUUAGUUUGGUUAAAGCCAGCUGUAAGAGUUGCACAGAGCUAUAUGUUAGUAGCUGUGUGCAGCAAAUGAACUGUGUUGUGUUGCUGUUCUAAAAUUGCUAACGAAGCAUAACGGUAUGUCAGCUUGGCCUGAGAUAAUCACCCCCUGGGCGUUACAAUGGACGUUCCUCAGAUGAUGCCUAUUCUCAUAUAAGCCUAAUGUGGAAAUUGCAAUGUGGUUUUCUUUGGACUCUAAUUUUGGUCCAGACUAGAGAUAUAUAUAUAUAGAUAUAUAUAUAUUUGAAUUUUUGUGUGUGUGUGGGAAAGAUGGGGUCAAGGUCGCUGUCUCUGACAGUCUGGAAAGUUAAUGUCGAACCGUUUCUAUGGUCUGUAUUUCACCUUUCUGCCACCUUGAAUUGUUGGAAUGUAUCCGUGCAGGCUUUGUGGAGCUCUGUCUGUAACCUUUUUUGUGGCUCUCGUAAUACAUAUAUAUUUUUUAAACCUUUGAGUCACUUCAGUAUUUUCAAGUGUCUGGUUUUCACAGCUGAGUACGCAUCGGGUGCAUUCGUUUGCUGAGAUGCUUCAUGGUGCGCUGCGCUUUUUCCCUUCCUCUGGUGCAAAACGAGAACUGAAACAGGAGAACUGGAAACACCAGUUCCAGGGCAAAAUCUGCAGGUGACAAAAUAUUAGAAGUGAUUGCUGGUUAAGUCUUAUUGUCAAGGUGCUUGUGGUAGAGUAGGAAAUAUGCCGAGUCUUUAAGAGUGUCUCCUAGUUGUGGCCAAUGGAUCCUGCUUUUGAGGCCACGGUAAGUGAUCUGUGAAACAACACUAAAUGAAGUUUUCUCUACUGCUUUUUAUUAAAGCUUUGGGCUCAAUAGGAAUCUUCUGGUCUGGCACAAUUGUGAAUCAUUGCUAUAGUGCCACUGUGGAAAAAGUGUUAUGUUGGUAUUUGUUGAAAUGUUCUGUCCAGGACAUCUGGAUUUAUACAUCCCAAAGAUGUACGAUUCUGAAUCUAUCUUCAUUUAUCUGUUUCUAGUCUUUGAAAAUGCCUCCAUUGGAUUUGUAAGACUGGUUUAUAACACACACAGUUGCCAAUCCCUCCUGACAGCAGCUGCUGCAGGAUUUCUGAUGCCACAAUUUGCAUAUAUACACUAAUUACAUUAAGCAAGGAUCCAUUCAAGCGUGUUCAUUGUGAAUGCCAGUCAUAUUAGUGUCCUGUCAUAUCGUCACAUGGCAGAGAU